AUGUCAAGUACUCCUUUAGGAAGAACCGGUAUAAAAUUAGUUGCAAAUAUAGGUGUUAUAUGUAUGACAUAUAGUACGUAUAGACAUAAAUAAUAAAUGGGAUAAGAAUUUACAGAUAAAGAUUAUGAUGAAAACGAUAAAGAAUUUAUGACUUAGCACUCAAAUCUUGUAGAUCGUAAAGAUUUAUGA